CUUUUACUUCCGCAGCAGCCAACUUUAGACGCGUUGGUUGACGCGCUUUCCCUUCACUCACCCACUGCAGGUUGCACAUCUGUUUUGCGCUCGACAUUUCCCACUUCAUCCAUGUAGACGACAACAGUCUCAAAACCAGUCAUCGCGAUGGCGCCCACGAAGCGGCCAGCGCCGUACAGUGGCGACGAUGAGGCCGAGGUCGGCCAACGUCAGGCGAGACAUUCUCCAUCCACGCCUCAUGGUUCUUCUUCUAAGAAAAGGAGACGUACAAGUGAUGAGUCUUCCCUAGCCCGUGAUCAAGAUGCCUCCAGCGACCAAGACGAUGCGAGCACCCCCGCUUCCGACUUUGGCUCCGACGAGGAGGGAGAAUUUGCGGAGGCUGAACUCGCUGCCACGCAAGCGAUUGAAGAGAGAAAGCAAUCGAGCAGGACUCAUAACAACGAACCCGUGCAACAUGGUAUCCUGGAAGAAGUUGAGCUCGAGAAUUUCAUGUGCCAUGAUAAAUACGCAUUCAAGCUGGGACCGCUGAUCAACUUCAUAUGCGGUAAGAAUGGCAGUGGCAAGAGCGCAAUCUUAACAGCUAUUGUCCUCUGCUUAGGUGGCAAGGCCUCCGCAACAAAUCGAGGUGCGCGUCUUCAGAACUUCAUUAAAGAAGGCAGAGAUCAUGCUCGGAUCAUUUGCAAGAUUAAAAAUCAAGGAGAGUCCGCCUAUAUGCCGGAUCUUUACGGAGACACCAUACAGGUGGAACGACACUUUUCGCGAGCCGGAGGCAGUGGAUUCAAGUUGAAAUCUGAGCGGGGUCGCAUAAUAUCAACCCGAAAGUCGGAUCUUGAGGAUAUCUGCGAUCAUAUGAUUUUGCAAAUGGAAAACCCUAUGACCGUACUCUCCCAGGACCAAGCGCGGCAAUUUCUGUCCUCGUCUAGUUCGGCCGAGAAAUACCGCCUCUUCAUGAAGGGUGUGCACCUGGAACAACUUGACCAGGACUACAAAAUCAUCGAAGAGCAACAGGAAAACAUCCACGCCAAAAUUGAGGCAAAGCGACCCGAUCUCAAAGACUUGCAAAAGAAGCAUGAAAGUGCGAAGAACAAACAAGAAUUGUCGCGAAGAUAUGAGGGCAUGCUGGCAAAGAUUCGUGAAUUUCGGCGGCAACUGGCCUGGGCACAAGUCGCCGCGCAAGAGGCUCUUAGGGAUGAGUUUGCUCAGAGUAUUCGUGAGGCAGAUGAAAAGAUACAAGCAGAGGAGACCAAACUUGCUGAAGCCGAUCGAGUGUAUCAAGAUUCCGACCGAGCAGCGGCAAUCGCGAGGGAAGCUUAUGACUCAGCGAAACAGAUUUUCGACAAGGUGCAAGACGACAAAAAAGAGGCUAAGGCGCGGCACGACGAGAUAAAGAAAGACACAAGUGCGGCCCAAGCGGAACAACGUACUAUACACGCUGCGUUGAAAGAAGCUGAUGAUACUAUCACGAAAAAGCAAGAAGCCAUACAACAGGAAGAGCAAAGACUGGCUGAACUCAAUGGUGGUGGCGCUGCCCGACGUAUAACUGCUUUGAAGGAUGCCGAAGGGGCUCUAAGGCAAGCAAGACAGAAUGCAGCUGACCACAAGGGUCAGAGAAAACAGCUCGAGGAAGACGUGAAAAGAAUGGAGAAUCUCAAAAAGGAAGCUGAAGAAUCACAAAAUAAUCACAAUGCGCGAGUUCAGGAGCAAGAAAGGAACCUUACGCAACUGGAGCAAACACGCCAGAAUAAGGACUUGGCUUUCCAUACGAACAUGCCAGCUUUACUGAAAGCUCUGCAACGCGAGACUGGGUUCCAGCAAACGCCCAUCGGGCCCUUGGGAAAGCAUGUCAGACUACUCACGCCAGAGUGGUCAACGAUUUUGGAGAAGUACUUCGGCUCCGCGCUGAACUCAUUCAUCGUGACGAGCAAGCGAGAUGAGGCGUUGCUCACCAGCAUCAUGAAGCGGGCAAGGUGCGUCGUGAACGUUUUCAUAUUAAGCCAGGAUCCCAUUGAUACAACUCCGAAUGAGCCCGACUCGCGUUUCGUCACAGUCUUGAAAGUCUUGGAGAUCGACAACGAACUGGUGAAGAAGCAGCUCGUAAUCGGGAACGCCAUCGAGCAGACUAUUUUGAUUCCGGAUUUGACUGAGGCCUCCAACACGCUUUUUGGUGGGGAGCCAGUACGAAAUGUCAAAAGAUGCUUUUGCUUUGGUACGGAUAGACGCCGCGGAGGCGUGUUAUUGUCCCUCCGGAAUGGUCACGCGGCUCAGGAUCCAGCACAUGCCUGGACUGGCACACCGAGAAUGGCGACAGACAUUGAUGAUCUUAUUCGCCGGCAGCAGGAGACUAUUGCCGACAUGAAGGAUCAGCGGCGUCGAAUGGCGGAUGAGUUUCGCAGCGCCCAGGACCGGCAUGAGAAGGCGAAGCAGGCUCUUGUGCGGCACGAUAAAUCGACAAAUAACCUUGUUGUGGCAGUGCAACGAGCAGAAGAUGAGGUCGAACGCUUGGCCGACGAAAUCAAAGCCGACAAUGUCGAGAGCGGUACGCUGGAAGUGCUCCGUCAAGCGUUGAAAGAAGCGGAAGACCAGAAAACAGUGCAUGAAGGCUCUUACCAGGAUUCGGUGAUUGCUUGUGACGACCUGAAAGCCAGACUGCGAGAGGCAAAUCGACAACUAAAAGACUUUGACGAUCGUAUCAAUGAGGCCCAGGAUGCUGCCGAUGAAGCGCAGAGGCUUGCACAGAACGCAGACAAGAGACGAGCGUUCAAUCUACACGAGAAAAAUAGUGUCGGCAAUCGAAUCAAUGAUGCCAACGGUGAUCGUGAUAGGCUCGUUGCCGACUUGGCUGAGCUGGAUGCAAAGAUCGAAAAGUGGACAGCAGAAGCCCAGAAGAUAUCGGAGCGAGUCAACAUUCCAGACGGGGAGACUUACGAAAGUCUCGAUAAGAAGUACAGGCGUUUGACCGAAGAUUAUAACAAGUAUCAGGACCGAAUCGGCGACCGAGAUCAGAUCGCAGCAGAAGCAACCAAGUGGAAGAAGGCAUAUGACAACGCGCAGGCGGAAAUGCAAGGUCUCGAAACUCUCCGCGACAAGCUUAAUGAGACCAUGGUGCAGCGGAAGUUCAGAUGGAAGCAGUUCCGAAGCUUCAUCUCCGCUCAUGCAAAGGCGCAGUUCAUGUACAUGCUCAGCGAGAGAGGCUUUCGCGGUACUUUGAUUAUGGAUCAUCAGAAGAAAAUGAUGGACCUCAGGGUUGAACCAGACAUCACCAGACGCGACGGAAGCGGUCGAAGUGCACGGACUUUAUCUGGUGGUGAGAAGUCCUACUCACAAGUGUGCUUGUUGCUUGCUAUGUGGGAAGCCAUGGGCGCACCAAUUAGGUGUCUGGACGAAUUCGACGUCUUCAUGGACGCAGUCAACAGAAACAUCAGCGUCAACCUGUUGAUUGACGGUGCCAGGCAAAGCAUCGGCCGACAAUUCAUCCUCAUCAGCCCGGGAACAAAAUCUGACAUCAAGAGCGCUCCUGACGUUAAAGUCCAUGAGGUUGCUGCACCGGAGAGAGGUCAAACGAGACUUGUGCUCGCCUCGGCGUGACAAAAGAAAUCUUUAUUAUUAGACUCCUAUCAGCAUUGAGCGCGUUUAAAUGUCCAACUAAUAUGGUCAAUCCGUCCUGUCCUUUGCAUGCUGGGAGACUGACAGUGGUGGCAAUGCGGACAGGUGUGGCAUUUCCCAGUCAACGCGGUCCACAUUGCCGUUGUCCGCCACGAGAUUUGCACAGAACAUCAGAGUAUCUAUGUAUCCGACCUCGGGCUCUGCCAGAUCUCAGGAUACAGUCGCAAAUUGCAGUUGUCGGCUCAUCGUGUGGAUACUUGGCCUCUCUCGCAAGAUCACU